GCCUGGGUAGUUCCCUGGUGAAUUUACAUUCUUCUUUCCUUAAGAGCUCUAUUUUCUUCAUUUGUUGGGAUUACAGUAACCUUUUCUGUUUAAAAUUUUUGUCCCUUUUUUGAUCCAGGUUACUUUAAAUAGCAGAGGAAAGGAAAUUAACAGAGGAACCGGCAAAGCUCAUCUCGCUUCUCAGAACUGAUUCUCUGACCUUUUUUCCUGUCUGUGUUCCCCCCCACCCCACCCCCCGAAAAUCUGCUUUUCAUCUGCAUCAUUCCAACCUCCUGCAACAGAGGAAGUCCCCGGAGCUUUUUGAGCCCUUUUAAAAGAAUCCCCCUCUGCAGGCAGACACCGAGCUUCGUUUCUGUGCCAAAGACAUGAAGCACCGUCUGGGCUUCUUGCUGCAGAAGUCAGAUUCCUGUGACUACAGCUCUUCCCAGGGCAAGAAGGAGAAGGUAUCUGCAAGCCAGAGGCUUAGCCAAGAGGAAGUCAGAAAAUGGGCAGACUCUUUGGAAAACUUGAUCCAUCAUGACAGAGGGCUGGCUGCUUUCCGUGCUUUCCUCAAAUCUGAGUACAGUGAGGAAAACAUCGAGUUCUGGGUCAGCUGUGAGGAGUACAAGAAAACCAAGUCCCCAGCCAAGCUCAGCCCCAAGGCCAGGAAGAUCUAUGAUGAGUUCAUCUCGGUGCAGGCCACCAAAGAGGUGAACUUGGAUUCCUGCACACGGGAGAAGACGAGCCACAACAUGCUGGAGCCGACACUGUCCUGCUUUGAUGAGGCUCAGAGGAAAAUAUUCACCCUCAUGGAGAAAGAUUCUUACCGCCGCUUCCUCAAGUCCCCUUACUACCUGGACUUGGUCAGCCCGCCUGGCUCUGGAUGUGGGCCCGAAAACUGCAAAAGAAACCACGCUCACAGCUUAGACUGCAACUCCAACAUCAUCUCCCAGUGCGCCUGAGCCCGCAGCAAGGCAGGGCCGGGCCCUUGCAGAAUGUAUGGCAGCAAAAGCAUUCAUUGGCAUGAAGCAACAGAGCUGUCUCCAGUAGCUGUCUAAUGUCCCGUUGUACCCAUGUCAUGCAACAGCCAGCAUUUGUAACCCAAUCCAGGCUCAGUGUGUGCAGCAAACCCUCCUCUGAGGUCGGUGUAGGGCCGCUGGGGUCUGUGUGUGGCAGGAGCUGGGGGCAGUCGCUGUGUGAGCCCUGAGAGCCCGGGAGGCUGCUGGGGAGCUGUGCCAGCCCUGGCACUGCCCACAGGGGGACCAGAGCAGCCGGGUCACGGCUCCUGGGUGGCUCCCAGACAGCUGUGGGCACAGAGGAAGCCGAGGGAAGCGCUGGGGACCGUGAUCUCCCCUUUCCAAUCUGCAAAGGGUUAGGUGAAAAGGGCUCGCUGUUCAAAGCUCCCAAGUGUCCAGGCUGCCAGGAGAGUUUGCUCAGAGCUCAGGCUGUGCUGCACUGCAGUACCAGGCACAGGAGGAGCUCCUGCCCUUUCUGAAGGGAGACCAGAACUUUUCGGGACAGCCUCCCUCGGUCGUCACAGCCACGGUGUCAGGGAAGCUCAGCCUCCCUCGGUCACCACGGGAAGCUCUUCCCUCUCUAGCACCACGUUCAUGCUGGCCAAGGACCUUUCCUAGGGCUGAGCAGAGCUGUCACUUUUGGGAGGCUCAUUAUUUCCUAAGCUAUUAAUUGUGACCUUCACGCUCCCAGGUUAAAUCCUCCAGCAGAGCAGAACAGAAACGUGUUCCUUCUCUGGCAGACAGCUGUGUGUUCCUUCUCUGGCAGACAGCUGUGUGUUCCUUCUCUGGCAGACAGCUGUGUGUUCCUUCUCUGGCAGACAGCUGUGUGUUCCUGGCUCCAGGGGUGCCAUUUGGAUCCAGCUUUGCCUGUCCUGGCUUGUGAGGAGCAGUUUGUGAGGGAAUAGGACCACAAUAUCUGAGGAGGAAAGGCCCUGCUUGGGAGUACUUGAAAAUGUUGGAGUUUUUGAAGGUGUUAUUUAUGUAUUUCAGCAGUAGCAUGGCUCACUUUUCCUGAGGAUGGUAGGAGCAAAGUGUCUGUCCCAUGACUGCUCCGGGGCUUUGCCAGAAGGCAGCUGAUGUGUUAAUUACAGUGCUGAGACACGGCUUUGCUGUGGCUUUGGCACUGCAGGGGCAGCAGGGGAGGCAGCACCAGGUGUCUCUGUCCCCCAGCCUUGGUCUCUCCUUCACCAGCUAUUGCUGCUCUGGCCACUGCAUCCUGUGCUCUGCAUCCCAGCCCAGACAACAGCUCUCACACCGGGGUUUUGGCAUGGCAGGAGGAGGCUGUGGCUCUCCAGGCCCAUCGAGAAACUUCUAUUUUAACAUGUGCUUUAUUUUGUAUUUAUGCAGUGUACUGACACCUAUCACCAUGCAUGUUCAGCUAAGAGAUGGAGAGGCUUGCUGAAGCUCUGAACAUGGCCAAGCAUGUGGCUAUGUUUUAUUUUCCCCUGGUACUGGGAACUCUUGGUAACUCUUGCAAAAACUGUAUGGAUAUUUAAAUAUUGAUGAAUGCAGUCUAAAUAAAAACGUUUGCGUUAGUCCCUUCUAAAA